UACAAGAAGUACAGCCAAGAGCAAAUUCGAGUUUUUAUCGAAUUAAUGCAGGAAGAAGGUAUGACUGCUGUACCUACAGCUACUAAGCAGUGUACGAUUCCUUGUAGCAGUGCAUACAAAUUAUUCAACGAAUUCAAUUUGAGUAAUAGUACCGUUUUACCUGGAAGUGCUUCAAAGAAAAUUAAAAGAGGCACACCUCAGAAACUCUUUGCCGAACACGGUCAGUUUCUGAUUGACUAUUUUGAUAAGCAUUCAUCUUCCACACUUGACUUGGCUAGAGAAGAACUGAUUUCUCAUUUUGAAGGCUUGACCAUCUCACUUCCUGCUUUAUGGAAAUAUUUGACAGAACAUUGCUUUUUUCUUUGAAGCAAGCAUCGAAAUACAAUUUAGAUAGAAAUGCUGAAAGAACCAUCCUUCUUCGUCAUGAAAUAGUAAGUAAACGGAUAGAAAUAGGUGUAGAUUUCCAGAAGAAUUAUGUCUUUAUCGAUGAGGCUGGUUUCCACACUCAGAUGAUGAAAGGUCGAGCUUGGUCAAAGGUUGGAGAUCCAGCUAAUGUAAAAGUACACAAUAGAAAAGGAGUAAAUAUAAGCAUUGUUGUCUGUAUCUCACCCUUUGCCACAAUUAAUUUUUCAAAAGUCAAACCAUUGAAGAGAGGUGAUGCUGAAAAAAUAGAGAAAGAGUUCACACAGCCAAUCCCUAAGAAAAGAAAAGUUAAUGUGGAUGAAGAUGACCAGAAAAAUCGCCCAAAAAAAAAAAAGGCACUACGGCCUAUUACAUUGUCAAAUUUGUUGAAGCUGUCAUGGAUAUUCUGGAUAGACAUGAAAAGCAUGAAUUUUUUAUUGUCAUGGAUAAUUGCAGAAUCCACCACUCUUCUUUUGUUGUGGACGCGAUUAACAAAAGAGGAUACAAGCCUUUGUUUUUGCUCCCAUACUCUCCUUUCUUGAACCCGAUUGAAGAAUGCCGGGCCAAAAUCAAGAGCCAUAUUAAGAGAAAUCCGUUAGAUAAAGAGUCUAAGCUCACACCUCGAAUUACUUAGGCAUGUAAAACAGUUACUGUUGAAAACUGUCAAGGCUAGAUCAAGUAUUCUCAAAGCUAUUGGGAUAAGUGUAUUAAUAAAGAGUUACGGCUGAAAUAAAGAGUAGCAUCUUCAAGCUAUAGCAUAGCGUCUAAAAAUAUUGGUUCCAAAAUAAAAAGUAUAAUGUCCAAUUUAUUUUUUAUUUCGUCU